UGGGCAGAGACCUGGGCGGGCAGUCAGGCUACCCUGGCACUGCUGCAGUGGGGAGAUGGGUGCUGAGCACCAGCCCUGAGCCCCACGGCAGCAGAGCUGGCCUGGCUGUGCUGUUGCUGCCCAGACAGUGGCUGGGCAGGACAUGACCAGUGUCCCUGUGCAGCCCCACACACACAUCUGCAUUUCCCUUUCCAUGGUCAAGAAGUAAAAGGGACCCUGUUACCAAAAAAUGCUGUUUGUUGUGUUGGAGAGAAGGAUUCCUUGGGCUUUGCUGCCUCUGUGCCCAGUCCUUUCUGUGGAAUGGUUAUCCAGAGAAAAUAUGGGAUGCUCUGUUUACAUCUUAUUUGAUUUCCAUGCAGAGGCUCCAAAACCGGGACAAUGGCCUGAUAACAGUAGUUUUUUGCCUGCUUCACACAAGGCAGUGGUGUCUCUUUACCCUUCUUGGCAGAGAGUAAGGGUGCCUGGAGAAGGGAUGGGGAGCAGAACUGCCCAAACAACUCCAAAAUAUCUCUCUGAUGCAAGUAGCAUUGUGCUCCCCAGUUCCCUGCAAGUUCCUUUUCCCCUGCCCCACAGCUACUGUGACUUUAUAGAAUUGUUGUUUAUUUCUGGUAGAUGAGGGUCUGAACAAUUGCAGGUACCUCACUGCUCAUCCCACAUACAGCCUCAGUGAGCUGGGAUAAGUCCUGUUACCAGAGCCUGAAUCCCUGUGUUGUAUCUGAAAUCUUAGAGUGUCAUAAGGAGCAUGUGUUACCUCUGAAAUUUGUCUGGUUUUCUUAAUGUUUGUCUGUUUUCAGUUUUUCCUUUUUUUUUCUUUUUUUUUUUUUAAUUAGUCACAAAAAUAAACUUUUUGAAAUUUGGAGAAAAAUGUCUUUACAGAAACAAAUUUCUUAUUUGAGAGACGUGUCUGAAAACAUUUCCCUGUCGUCAAACACUCCACCUAAAAUGGGCAGAAUCAUGUCAGGCCAAUUUGAGAGACAAGGUGAUGCAGAGUGGAAGUCAGAUAAACUCUUACUUGAUUAUAUAUUAAUAACCACAGAUAUUUAAAAGAGACACUUGGGUAUGUUACUGAAACAGUCUCAAAUAAAUUUCUGCUACAAUUCAAUGUAGCGGUGAGAAAAAGUAACUCCAGUAAACCGUCAACAUUGUAUCUCUCUAAAAACUGAUGAUGGAUGUUCAUAUGCAGUUUUCUCCUGAAGUUUGCUGUUAAAACAGAUGCAGCUCUGUAUAUAUAUUCACACAUACAUACAUAUAUAUAUAUGCUGAAAAAGCCUCCUCCCAGAGCUCCAGAUAGAUUAAAUCUCUCUUCUCAGAUGUACACUCUGAGCAAAGGAACCAGCAGGCCAUUUCUGUUAAACAAUCUCAUCCUCACACACUAUUUCACGGUCAUCCAAAACAUAUUUACAGAAUUCCCUUUACUUUCCAAAGGAUGCUUUGACUACCAUGUCCUGGCUGGGGUUAUUAAUUGUGUUUUAAUUCAAAACCAAAUGAAAGUACUACCAACUCAAACCCACACCAUGCUGUGCAUUCCUACACAACUGAACUGCCCUUUCACCUGGGCAUCUAACCCAGGAAACCUUUGGGAACACUGGUUGUGUUUAUCUUUUGUAACAUUUCUCACUGAAACUUGUAGAGAUGAUAAUAAUAAGGCAUCCCAUGGAGCAAAGAUUAUCUCUGUAAAAGCUUCAGACUGUUCAGCAAAUACUAAAAAAUUCAUGUUUUUUCACACUGGCAGGGAUAUGAACAACUGAUUCGCAGCAGUGGUUGCCUGUUCUUUGUUACAGCGCGACACAACUCAUCUUGGAGCCCAGAAACAAGAAUUCUGUAUUUAUCUUAGCGGGCUGACCUCUAUCACUGCCCUGCAGCAUAAAACAGCUAUUUUUGGACUCUUCCAGCCAUCUGUGCUCGCUGGAAGUGACAAGAACAGAUCCACUCCUUCUGCAAGACCUCGAUGCUAAUUUACUCUUCCUUUUUUUUUCUUCAAUUCUUUAUUUCUAUUUUUUCCCCUCAUGCGCGUUUCUAUCUUAUCUCCACGCCUCUCAUUUCAUUCCGGUCGGCCUAAGAAUUACUGCUUCUCUUUAUAAGUGCGUUAUUUCCCGUCCCCUCUCUUUAUUAAAACGAAAUCUUAGGCCGCCGUUCCCAGCCGAACAGAUGAGGAGACACCUGAGGGGACGGAACGCUUCCCCUCACGGGGAAUUCCCGCCCAGCACGGACCGCGCAUGCGCAGCAGCGCCCGGCGCAGGAAGGGCGGAAGCGUCGCCGUCCUUCCCGCCCGCGGAGCGCUGUGGCGGUGCUGCGCAUGCGCAGCUGCGAGGCGGGCGGCAGGGAAUACGCCAGGCAGGCGCUUGCGCUGAGGGGCGGCUGCGGUCAGUGCGCAUGCGCUGGGCGGCGGCGCCGAGGUUUGAAUACGGGGACGGUUGGAGCCGGCGUGAGGCGAUUCUUGAGUGGGACCCAGCUCUCCAUCAUUCCUCAGCUGAUCUCUUUUCUUGCCUAAUGAAGGAUUGGCUCUCACAUGACAAAUGAAUAAAAUUCUCCAGUCUCACCGGGGAGUCUGACAGGAUGCAGCGAAGGCAGGGCUCCAGGACCCCAAAGCAGCCUCGGCUCGUUGGCCAUAAAAGCCAAACUGAUCUCUCUGCGUGGCGAAAAGGAGGAAGAACUGACUCUGAAAAAAGUUUGCAGAAUCAUCAAUCUGCUAAUAAUGAUCAGAAACACGAUAGCCAGGAAGGGUCUCUAGAGCAAGCUUUGAGCUACUUGGAGAAAGUUCAAGACCGUGUUGCACUGAAGAAGAACCACGUUCUGCAGAAACACUUGGAUGCUGUGGAAAGCACUGCCCUAAAACAAGGGCUGCCUCCUGAAGGGUUUGAGAUACUGCUGAAUGUGGUGCUCAGUGGCAAAUUAGCUGAUACAGUGAAUACUCGUUUAUUGAAGAGCCUGAUUCCUGCCUCAGUGAUUCCAGAAAGUUCUGUGGUUACAGCUGUGUCUUGGCUCUGUGUCGGCAAAUGCUCAGGCAACAUACAGCUGUUUUUUUUAAAGUGGCUGAUCACAAUGUUUGACUUCAUUGAUCACAAGGAACAACUUAAUGCCCUCUAUGGUUUCUUCUUCUCCUUCCUGCAAGAUGAGAAGAUGUGCCCCUACAUCUGCCACCUGCUCUACCUGCUGACCAGGAAAGAAAAUGUCAAGCCUUUUCGGAUUAGGAGACUGCUUGACCUCCAAGCAAAAAUGGGAAUGCAGUCUCAUCUGCAAGCUCUGCUAUCACUUUACAAACUCUUCUGCCCAGAACAGGUGACCAUAACCCUUCCUGGGAAAAUGAAGACUUACUUCAAGAAUUCAGAGGGCCCAUGGAAAGCAGCAAUCACUGCAGUGAGACAAAGAAACCGGGGAGCCUCUCCCCUGUCCCAGGCAGUGUUUUUAGGCACAUCUCAACCUCAGUCACGAAAAAGGAAAUGGAACUCCCAGUUGGUUAUACCUGCAAGCAGUACAAACACAAAUAAUUUAGGAGAGGUUGGGGAGAAGAACCAUGUUGAUUUGUACAGUACAAACACGGCUUUUCCAGUGGAGCAGCUGCAGACCUUCCCUCAGCUCCUACAAAAUAUCCACCGUCUACAGUUUCCUUCCCAGAUGGGUUCAGUGCUAACAAACCCCUUAUUGCUUCAUUACAUGAAUUGUGUGAAAGAUGAAUCUGUUUAUCUGAGACUCUACUAUUGGAUGGGCCAGGUACUCCAGGAAGAAUGCACCUGGUGUGUGGUUGAUAACCCAAAUGAAGAAGAAUUCAAGAGCUUCCUGGAAACUGUCUACAAGGCAGAAUGUUUCUUGCAGGAGGGAUUUUCUGCCUGUGAAGAGUUCCUGUAUAAGACCCUCCCUCUCUGGGAUGGCGUCUGCUGCCGCUCAGAAAUCCUCAGACUCGUGAGCUGGAUCCCCCCCAGAAGUUUCUCUGACAUCAAGUCAUAUCUCUGUGACCCCCUGGCACAGCUCUUUUUCACAUCAUCUAUUUACUUUAAGUGCAGUGUUCUUGAGAGCCUGAAAGAGCUGUUGCAGAACUGGUUAAAUUGCAAUGUGAUUCAAGUGGAUUCAGAGUUUUCCUCUUUGAACACCACCCUCUCUGAACUGGUGAACGUGGUGGCUGAACUGGUUCACUUUGUGGGACGGAUCUCUACUGUUGCACUGCGUUUGGAAAACAAUUCCACGUUCUUGAUGUACUUCAUUAUGGAUUUCUAUGGAACUGUGUGUGACAUGUACCUGAAGUACAACCUGCCUUUGCUGAUAAUGCCUCCUGCUGGGGUUUUCUACCCAGCACUGCUCAGCAUGGAUUCUGUCAACUUGAAUCAGCUCUGCCACAUUAUGUACAGGUAUCGAGCUAACUUGGUGGCUGCAAAAGAAAAUGAGCUGAGUAAAGAGAAAGUACUGCAGUUCAAGUUCAGUAACCAGACAUACAAAGAGUACAACCAGUACAUAAUAGCCAUGGUGGGCUGUCUGUGGACAUCCAAUGCAUUCCAGAAGGAUAUUCAUCCUCAAGGUCUUUGUAUGGAUGAUAAACUGCUGUGUAAAACUGCAGUGAAGGAAUUAAAAACCAGCUUUAACAUUGUCUAUCAUCCAGCCAUGAUGGGCUACUCUAUUCAAUUCCUCCAGCAGAUUUGUCCAGAUGAUAAGACCUUCAACUUCAAAUUAAUUAAGGGGAGGAAGUGGGACUGGUACCUGGAAUAUCUCUACUCCCAAGGUUUGAAGGGGCUGAAGGUCUUUAUUGAGAGCAGCAUCAGUCGUGUUUCCCAGGCCUCUCGCAGCAAAGCAGGGAAUGUGGAAAUGUGACCCUGGGACUCACUGAAUUCUUCUGUCAUCUGGAGAAUUAGACUAGCAGACUCUAAAGGACUUCCUUCCUCAGAGGAGAGAAACAGCUCAAUUACUCUUACCUGCACUUUUGUACUGACGUCUCUCUUAUGGAAGUGAAGACAAGGGUGCUGAGGCUGACUUGCUUCUCUAACACUGAACCCCCUCUCGUCCCUGCUCAACUUCUGUGGUUUGAAGCUGGUGAACUCUGUUAUGCAACAUCCACCUUUCUCACCCUAGUGUUUCUCUGUUGGAGUAUCUGUUUUGAUCGAGAAACAAACAUUUUCCAUCUCCAAACCACCGUGAGCAGUGGUGGUUCAUUUAUAAGUAAUGUUGACCCCUGACCUGCUUUGCCUUCCUCAGCAGCAGGUAACGAGAAGCAACUUAAUCAGCCUUUCAGGGGUGCUGGGUGUGUCUUGGAUUGGAGCACUGUGAGUUUCCCAAUCCCCUGUUGUACCCUGAGUUUCCCAAUCCCCUGUUGUACCAUGUAGGACUUUUAAAAGGCUGACCAAGCUGACCUUUCUGAAAUUAAUUUUCAUUUUGAGGCUAACAGAACACUUUGUAUGCUAACUUUGGUGAUAAUGAUGUUCUUGUACAGCUGGAAGGCUUGAUGUUCAGUUGGUGGUUUAUUGAUUUGAGCACUUACACAGUGUUGCACCAGCUCACCAUUUUAUGUAUUGAUAAUAAGUGCAAAUAGAACUUUUCUUGCUGUGUUUUGAGCUCUGUAGGUGCUGUAUAUUAUUUGCAUACAUGUAUACAAUUUAUGUUCUGUAAAAUAUUUCUAAUGUGUCAUUUUGAAAAAACUCUUUCACAAAAUGGAUCUUCUCCUGUCAUUUCACUUUAAGUCUUAGUAGAAGCUGAACAGAGAUUUCCAAAAUCUGAAUGAACUUUCUUCUUCUGCUGUAAAACAAGGUUAUAACCACUUCAGAGUUGGGUUGGUUGUAACCACUUGAGAUAAUACUGAAUUUUGCAUUGUGAAUCUGUACUUUGAUUCAGUAAAGGAGUCAGUCCUGAGAGCGACUCUGGAGCCACUCAAAAUGUUUGCUUUCUUCAUGCUCUCAAAAUCAGACUGGUUGAGUACCACAGUUCUUUGAUCAAGUACCUCUGGUUAAAAUGUCUGAAGUGUUGCCCUUCUCAUCCAUCCCAAGCAGUAUAAGUGCUGCUUGGUAAUUUUU